AAGUUUUCCACUUAAAAUAAAAAGGACAAUUUUUUUUAUUUUUUUAAAAAUAUUUUCGCUCCAACAGCUUUGCACAGUUGUUGAAUAACUGUGUAAAGUUGUUUGAUAACUUUAAUAGUUAUUGAGAUAAUUUAUACAAUUAUUGAAUUAGACAAUUGUUUAAGGACUUUAAUUUUUUAAUUUAAUAAUAUUGUGGACCACUUGUCUGUUGUUUUUAAUUAAAGACUUCGAACUCAUUUUUCUCUAAGCCACCUCUCUCUCUCAAUUUGAUUUUUUACUUUUCCUUUCUCAAAAAUUAUAAUAUCGAUACGCAGUAAUUUUUCCUUCUUUUCUGAGAUCUCAGAUAAUAAUAAAUUCUUAGAAAAAAAUGGCGUCAAUUUCUUCAAGUCCUCGAAGUGUAGAAGAGAUCUUCAAAGAUUACAACGCUCGUCGCGCUGGCAUAGUUCGUGCUUUAACUGAUGAUGUGGAUGAAUUUUAUAAUCUGUGUGAUCCAGAGAAGGAAAAUUUGUGUCUGUAUGGACAUCCAAAUGAAAUUUGGGAAGUUAACCUUCCUGCGGAGGAAGUUCCACCUGAGCUGCCAGAGCCAGCACUUGGGAUAAAUUUUGCCAGAGAUGGAAUGAACCGUAGAGAUUGGCUUUCCCUGGUUGCUGUUCACAGUGAUUGUUGGUUGCUUUCCGUGUCUUUCUAUUUUGGAGCUCAGCUUAACCGAAAUGAAAGGAAACGUCUAUUCAGCUUGAUCAAUGAAUUGCCCACCGUCUUUGAAGUUGUGACAGAAAGAAAGCCUAUCAAAGAUAAUCCAAGUGCAGACAGUGGGAGCAAAUCCCGUGGUAGUAGCAUAAAGAGAUCUAGUGAUGGUCAGGCGAAAAGCACCUCAAAAUUGGCAGAUGAAAGUUAUGAGGAGGAUGAAGAAGAACACGGUGAAACACUCUGUGGAAGCUGUGGUGGAAAUUACAGCGCUGAUGAAUUUUGGAUUGGCUGCGACAUCUGUGAGAAGUGGUACCAUGGCAAGUGUGUGAAGAUAACGCCUGUGAAAGCUGAGAGUAUAAAGCAAUACAAAUGCCCAUCUUGUACCUUGAAGCGGAGCAGGCAAUAGUCUCGUGAAUCAGAGAGGGAGGCCAUAAAUCUUGUUCUGGCCAUUAACAGAGUAGUACAGCAAUAUUACAAUUUGUAAUGGACAUGCUAUUGUAAUUUUUCUUUUACCUAUAUAUGCUCAAAAAGAGGAUGAAGUUUCUCUUCUUUCCAUAGUCCAUCUUCUGAAGUUAAUACAAUCCCAAUAUAUAGAAAGUCUGUUGAUUUACUCUA